AUUCAGCUGCUUAUAGACAGCGUUUGGUAUACACCUCAUUUGGUCUGCAUCUGAUCAUGAAUUACCUAUGGCAAUGUUUGCUUGUUUUUUCAGUAGCUGCAGCAUUUGUGAUGUCUGAAAAUAGUAAUGAUGAUAUCCAAGUUACAUGUGGCGAACAUUCUGUUCACAUUAGGUGGAAAAUCAAUGAAUCGAUGUCUGGAAAUCCUGCUCGUCUUUUCUUGGGGAGUUGCUUUCCUUCACAGUUCUUAAAUGUGUCAAGUGAAGGAGCAGUGGCAGUCUUUCACUAUCCACUUAGUGAGUGUGAGUUUAGACGGACGGCUACAUGGAAAUACUUGCUGUAUGAGAACAAGUUAACCUACAGGCCAUUGCCAAAGCCAAACCCUCCUUCUUUCACUUAUACAAUCAGAUGUGUGAAUGACAGGCCAAAGGGUUGGACUCCUGCCUUCCAUAGCUCUUCUUCUGGUGCCAUACAAGGUCAUGGAGUUCUGGACUUUCACAUGGCAAUUCUCAAUCAUGAUUUCAGUGGUCCUGCAGAAUCCAGUGUGUUUCCACUGGGAUCUUUUGUCCCUAUUUGGGCUGGUGUUAAUCAGCAAGCCCAUCAGCCCCUGGUAUUGCUUCUUGAGGAAUGUGUAGCCUCUACAACUCCCAAAAUCUCCCCGGAUAGUCUUACGUACCCACUUAUCGCCAAUAAAGGGUGUCUUGUGGAUGGUAAGAACAGUUUAUCUACGUUUUUACCAAGAUCUCACUCCUCCUCAAUCCUGCUUCACCUUCAAGCAUUCAAAUUCGCUGUGGAACAAGAGAUCUAUAUCCAUUGCAAAUUAAUUGCAUGGGACCCUGACAACCUCAGUGAUGUGAAGAAGGCCUGCAAUUAUAAUAAAGCCAAAGGAGAAUGGGAGCUUUUAGAUGACCCGUUCCAGAGUUCUAUUUGUCAAUGCUGUGAUUCAACAUGUGGAGUUCGUGGAAAGAGGGAAACGGAUUCCGCACCUCAAGGACUGGUACUCAAGUCUGUUUUAGGACCUUUGACAAUUACUGAUGAUUCAGCAUGAUUUUACUCUGAUGUGCCAUCCUUUAUCCUUUAGAAAGGGUGAGUGGCUGUCUGGUGAUGCAGUGGUUAAUUGACAGGAGCUUGAUUUUAUGGUCUGGAGUCAUUCGGAGUGGCCAACGAAGUAAAUUUGUAUGACUUUUUUUUGUUCAUUAAAAGACUGUGAAACAUC